UACAAAAUAUUUCUUCAAAAAUUAUUAAGUUGUUUUGGAAAGAAUCACCAUUCACAAGCAGAUAGUACAGCUCCCCUGUCUCGACCCUUGCUGGAACAUUUUGGACAGACAAACUCUAGUGGAAAUUAUACAACAAAUAGUUCACAGGAGGGAUCAUCUGAAGGUAGUGUGAGUAGUAGCCAAACCACUGCUCAUUCUCGGCAUUCAGCUCAUAUUCCAUUGUACAUUCCUGGCCGCAUACUGCACAUGAGUCGUGUUGAUACUAGUUUUCAAGGACGAUGGGUAACAGCUGAUUACUUCAACCAGAUCAUAAUUAGUCCUACAAUGUUAUCAGACCACAUGCCUCAUGCAGUGUAUAAUGCUCUAAAGCAAUUGACAAGUAAUUCUGGAAAUUUCAUUCCAUAACCUAUGUUUGUUGCUAGUUUAAAAAGAAAAAAUACUAUAUUAUUAAGAAUCUAAUACGUACAGUUUGCCAUUUUCAAAGUUUGUAAGGAGCAUUAAUCAAUUAGUUUGAUAUAUAUAUCGAACAAUAUGAAAUGUAUUAUUUAGCAUUACAUGAAACAAGUGUCUUUUAUUAUCUGGAAAUUAAAAUGUAUGCAGCAUUGGAUUUAGGUGCAAAACAACUUUUAUGCAAUAUAUUGCGUUAAUUGUAAAGUAAUUUUUCUUCAUGUGAGUUAAUCAAAAACAUUUUCUGAAUAAAGUUAAAAACAAAUAAUGAUGUGCAGAACAUGUUUAAAAUGGUUACAUUUUUGUUCAUGUAUUAUUUAUUCUGUUUUGUCCUUAAGAAUUUCUAUUAUAAGCAGGGGUUUAGUUUUUCCAGUGCUAGAUGUAUUCAUUUGUAGUGUUUUUAAAAGUAUUCUUAUAAUGAGGAUCUUAACUGUAAAGUUUGAUCCUUUAAUUAUUUUUCUGUAUAUUUUAGAAUUAUAUAGGGUUUUUUAAGUAGAGGAUCACAUGUAUAAAAUAAUUACAAAUGAGUAUUAUAUAAAGUAAUUACAAAUGGUAAUGGCAUUGUAAUACUUAUGAAGUAAUUACAUAUAUAAAGUAAUUGCGUAUAAAGUAAUUACAAGUGCCUGGUAAACAGCAUUUACUUUACACCACUGUUCAAAUUUAAUAAUGAUUACAAUGGCACAUGUUAGCACAGAUUGAUUUUUACAUUUUGUAGUAUAGCUUCCAUGAAUUUCAGUGACUUUUUUCCCAUGAGUGUAGUAGCUUUAUAUUGCCAAUAGAUUUAUUGAUAAAAGAACAGAGCAAGGAUCUGCACAUAUAUUAUCAAAAAUUGUGUGGAAAUGAAUGCUUUAGAGUUGGUCAGUCUGCCUGAGUACUGAUUCAAGGAAGCAAUAUACAUUACUGAGUGAAUCAACAGCUUGAUUUCAGAAAAUGGAGUAGUUGCUCUUUUACAGUUCACUGAGAACUUUUAUUGGAAGCAUGCCAGAAAUAGAGAUGUACUAUUCAUUCACAAACUGAUUCACUUUACUGAUUGAGCAGCUGCCUGAUUUGCCAAGAAAGAGUGGAAGAAGUAUGCCAGGAAAGUUUGAUUCCCAUUUUAGGGGAGAAAAGAAUGUUUAUUCUCCCAUGUUAAAAGUGAGUUUAUUAUUUCCCAAAUUUUUGAGGAAUAUUUGGGAUUUAGGUUUUGAUUUAGUCAGUUCUUCUGAUUCCAUUGUUCGUUCACUCCUUUCCACUAUUCACUCUAUCCUCAUGAACAGCUCUUGAUUGACUCCUUGUUCUUGAUGUUUUUAAUCAAGGUAAUUGUUAGUGAUCAGUGAAUCAAAAGGAACUGAUUCAGUUCAGUGAAUAAAUGGUUCUGUUCAAUCCCAUAACAGAGAAAUUUUGUUGAUCUCUAGUUCCUAUAGGUUUCUUGAGUGAAUUUCAUACAACUUUUUGUAUCCUCAUAUUAUGAGCAGGUCACAGAGAAUACUAGCCACAUGUCAACAGACAUUCUGAUGAAGGAUAAUGGAGAUAUCAAAAAUUGUUACUGUUCUUUUACAUGUGUAUAGAAGAUAUUAAGAUUGCAUGUAACAAGCAAGAUCUGCCAAUCUUGAACUCUCAGUACUUUUGAAGAAGAAAUAUGCUCCCUUGUGCAUCUAAAGUGAUGGGUUGCCCAUACUCAUUCAUCAUUUUCUCACAUCCACAUGUGAAUGUAUUAACUCUUCCAAAUGAUAAUAUCAUUACUAAGUGGCUCCACAAGUUUCUGCAAAUCCUUUUAACCCUUCUUUUUGUCGUAUUCCUCUUUGGAGUUUCAGUUUGAAGUCAGGAACACCAGAGAACAUGGUCUGUACACAUUUGCCGCAAUAUGCAAAGUGUAACAUUGAUGGGCAACACAUGGAAGAGCAGUGACUAUAGGAACUUUGCGUGUAAAGGUUCAGUUUUACAUGAAACAAACUUUCAUGAAGUGUAGAUAUCGCAUUUCUUCCUUUUUGUAUUCAUUGUUGAAUUUACUAUAUUUUCAUCUGUAUCAAUCUCAACACAUUAUGCUCUUAAUGAUUUAUCAUUUUCUAUAUAGCUCAUUGUGCUAAUGGCUCUCUUUAACAUGUUGCUAAUGUAUCAUCCUUAGUACUGAAAUUUCGAGAGAAGUUAAUUUGCAUAUUAUAUUAUACUCUUUUAAAGGCUUCAAAAGUGAUAACCAAAAACAGUUACUGGGGCAAUAUUGAUGUGCAGCAAAAAAUAUACUUGUCACUUUGAGUAUGGGAGACCUGAAAAAGUGGACAUACAUCAAAUCUUCCUUGAAAUCUACAAUUUUGUUCAUUGCAAUCUAAUAUUGUUUCUUAAAAUUGUAAUUUUUGUAAUUGUUAAUUUGUUUUUUGUAAUUGAAUUUUUUGCCAUUUUUUAAUUAUCUGACAAUAAUCAAAAUAUAUAAUUUUAUGUGUGUAUUAAUUUUACUGUUAAAAUAUAUAUUUUUUACUUAGAUUUUAAAGAAAUUAGAUAUAAUGUAGGUAGACUUGUGCAAAAAGUACUGAUAAUUUUCCUGUGAGAUUAAAAAAUGUAUACUUGUCAUUUUUCAUUUUUGGCAUUUUUUAUAUUGUGCAUAUGUAUCUUUGUCCAUUACCUUGUACAGAUUAUACGUAUGUAAAUUCAAAAUUGAGAGAGGGAAAAGUCCGUAAUUCGGACUCGUCGGGACUUCGGCGAUUCCGGAUUAGGGAUUUUUCUGGAUUAUAGAUCAUUAAUUUAAAUCUGGUAAG